GGAUAGCGCCAUAUUGAAAAUAGUGAGGAAAGUCCUGUGGGGUGCCAAACUUCAAAGAAAUUUUGCAGCAAAAAUCCGGUUUUCUUCCUCAACGAUUAAAUUGAUGCUAAGUAAUUUGUGACUGGGUCAUGCAAACGGUUGUGGAAGACUGUCGUAAAAGGAGCUCAGUUGCAGAAUACACACCACCCUGCAUGAUCAACCUCAUUGCCAGGAAAAUCUGAUGGAAAGUGUUCAGGCACGUCAGCAGGGUUCCCAAGACUUUGAAGGCUACUACAAACAGCUGUGUGCCCUGCAGAACACGUGCCCCUUGACUGGUGUCAAAGUUCACCUGGCUGAGGGAGUGCUUGACCUCAACGGGGACCGGAUCCGGGCCCCGGACUGGGCGCCAAUUCUCAAUGCUCUGCGGAUCAACAAGAGCCUGAGGUUUGUUGGUAUCAGGAGUUACUACCAGCAUGUGAUUGGCUGUGAGGAUUUCCAAGAUGGCAAGCCCCGGUCCCGAGUCAAACGUCGGCCGCCUCCAAUACGUUCCAAGGAGGUUAUUCACCACCUGUGCGUGGCACUAGGGGACAUGCUGUCUGUCUCCCAGGCAGUGACCCACAUCGAACUGCAGGGGAUCCCUUUAAGGAUCAAGGAUAUUCAGCUGAUUGCAAAGGUGAUAGUGAGAAACAGCAGUCUACAGCAUCUGUCGUUGGAGUCCUGUCGAGUCGGCGACCGUAGCGUGGAGAAACUCUGCCAGGGCAUCAAGCACUCGUCGGGCAUCACAUCUCUCAACUUGUCUGGAUGCGGACUGACCAGCCAAGGGGCAGAGUCCUUAGCCAAGCUGGUCAAACACCAAUCAAUGCAGCGACACAGCGAAGCAUGGAAGGACAGCCUUCGGUAUCGCCGGCCAGACCUGGACCGCAUGGCUGGUAUCCGGCGCAUCACACUCAACCAAAACCCACUGGUGAAUGAUGACGGGGCGGUGGCUUUUGCUGAGGUCUUGAAAGAUGACCUCUGGCUUAAAGCACUUGACAUGCAGCACUGUGGCAUAUCCAACCUUGGAGCCAAAGCGUUGCUGGACAGUUUACAUCAGAACUCCUCCAUCGUGGUUCUUGACAUCAGGAAAAACCAUCUCGUUGAUCGCGAUGUACUGAAGGCAGUGAUGAAACAAGUUCUGAUAAAUGCUGGAGGUGAAGAGAAUGAGUAUAAAUGGCUCAGAGUAACCAGCAGUCGCGAACACGGCCCCCACGGCGGUAGUAAACCACGCCGGCGCACAAAGACACUGAAUAGCAGCUUUGGCCGUAAGACCACCAUCCGGGUCACCAGUGGGCCCUCUUCUGCACCCAAUCGCCCCAGGAGCAAGUCGUCUGGCGGGGAUGGCAUUUCGGUCCACGUGAUGAGGGUGAACCGAGAGCCCGAGGUUGUGGUCCCAGCUGUCACCAAGCCAGGGCCUGGGUUUGUCCCCUGGAGAACGGCAGCCAGAGCUAGCCAGAGGAGGAUUCACACAGACGAGCACCAAAAUCAAGUGGACUCUAGCCCCAGCUCCACCCCAAGCAAGUCCGCAGCAUCCAUCCACGUCCACGCAGCAAGCAUGCUGUCCUCUGGAGAGUUAGACACCAGCAGCAAAGACACAGGCACGCCGGCGACAAUGAUGUCUAGCAUAAGGGACUUGGGCAAUGAGAGGGGCGUGGCUGACCAGAGAAUGAUGCGGGAGAUGCAGAUUGAGAUAGAGGAGCUCCAUCGCAGGCUGUAUAUCGAGAGCCGAGCCAGGGCGGCAGCCGAUGCGCGGGUGGUGGAGCUGGAGGUGGCCAACAGCCGGCUGCAAAACCAGGUGCAGCUGCUGCAGGCGCGCUCGCCUGCGUCCCCACUGCGCCGGGCUGCCGUGGUAGUCCAGCCAGCAGGGCCGCAGCAGACGACCACCAUGAACCAGCUGGAGGACGAGAGCGUGCUGGACAGCAUAGAGGAGUCCUUUGCUAAGUUUCACGGGUUCCUGGACCUGCUGAGAGAGGCUGGUCUUGGUCAGCUAUGUACGCUGGUGGGGACCAGCCCAGAGGAGAUCCGUAACCCUCAAGUGAGGUCAAUCCUUCAGCAGCACCAACCGACAGCCUACAAGCAUUACCCUAUGGGACUAGCACCACUAGUGUCUCAUUAUGCACCCCAACCUUCCUACCAGGAACCCCGAGCCCCACACGAGACCCAAGGAACACUGCCGUCUGCAGAGAUGACGGACAUAGUGUCUACCUCUGCCGAUGCUCAUCCCAAGUCCAGGCAGGUGAUUGUGCAUGCCCCCCUUGUGCCCCCACAAGAGCAGGACAGUCCGAGUCAGUCUGAUUCCGUGCAUGUUCAGACUGAAACACGCAAUCUGCCAGCAGUGGAUUCCAGACCUGUGGUUCUUCACCCUCCCCUCUUGGAGCCGUUGGACCGCACCACGGAGUCCGUGCUGGCUGCAGGCAGACAGCCACAAACCCAACAGCAGACUGGAGCUGACCUUGACCAACAGAACCAUGCUGAUUUUGACAAGGAGCUUGAGAAGCCCCACAUCGAGUUCACCGGUAGAGGCACUGGGUCAUCCGGAGAUGCUGGGAUCAAAAGACCCACCGAUGAAGCAACUGACAGAGCUAGGACUCACGUCAGAGCUCCUGUCAUUCCUGAACCCCAAGCUGAAGAUACCAAGCAGCAACAACAUUCCGACCAAGAGCUUUCGGGUCACAGUUUGGCAACAAGUCAUAGUCACAGCCACAGGACGUCCACGCCGGUGAGAAGCAAGGACACUCCGCCAGCAUCCGAUCAUCCUGCUUCUGCCACCUAUUCCAUUGAUGAAGAUCAUGAAAGCCUUGGAUCGCCUGUACCAGAGGAAUUGGAUGGGUCAUCAGAGGACCUGUUCAUGGAUCUACCAAGGCCCAGUAAAGGUGUGCCAAGCAGCAAACCAGGUAACAACAAUGACAAGGGUUUCCGGGGAGAUGAUGAGUAUAGCAGUGAUGAAGAUUUCUAGUGAGACACAAGGAUUUGACUUCCUGAAAGUGCGUCAAAACAGUCACAACCGGUGAAAGAAACACAUUCAGUGUGCUUUUAUGCAGCGGUGCAUUGAAACCUGGUUGUCAAAAUGGUACUUAUGAUUUUUUGUUUAAAACGUGCUGUUUCAAUUUUUAUGUAAUUUUGAAUUUUUACCAUACUUGAAUAAAUCACUUCAUUUUUCAUUUUCAAAAGAAGUUCUCCUAAAGCAAAUUCUGAUGAAUCCAGGCUUUCUGUACAGAUGAAAACAAUUCAAAUUUCAUGCUCUUUGAACUCCUAUUGUCUACUCGAAACACUUAAGCAACACACUACACAUUUUCAUAAAUGUUUUGUGUUAAAAGUUUUAGGUUCCUUCUGUGAUUAGUCAGAAAUAAAAUAAACAGCACCAAGAGAAGAGCUUAAGGCAUUAUGUGA